AUGGCCGCGGGACUCACGCUGUGCUCCCGUGCCCCAGUCGCCAACCGCCACCACCCCGCACUGCAGCGGCGCCCCGCCCAAGCCCGGCGCCUGCGCCCCCUGCGCCCCGUCGCCGCGGCCACAGCUGCGACAGUCAUCGAGGAGCUGGGCUUCGCCGCUCCGCCGGCGCUGGCGCCCGCCUCCUACUCCGACGCCCUCCAGACCUCCCUCAACCGGGGCGACAUCGUCACCACCGGCAAGCUGCUGGAGCUGGCCGGCCUGGCCGGAGGCGCCGACAACGCCUCCAGGGUGCGCCUUCUGGAGCGGCAGCUGGAGGGCCUGGUGCCUAGUGCCGCCGGCCUGCCCCACAACAGCCCUGCGCUGAUGGAUGGGGAGGCCGCCGAGGAGUGCCUGGAGCGGUGGCAGGCCGCCCCCCAGACCAUUCCCGGCUUCGACACGGAGGCAACGCUGGCACUGCCGGGCCUGGCAGAUGUGGCGGUGGUGUCCCGUGGCGGGCGGAAAAACAAUUGUUGGAAGGGCGUCAACCAGGACGCCUUUCUGGCCUGCCCCGUGGCCAGCCCCUCUGGCGCCUCUCCCGCACUGCUGCUGGGCGUGUUUGACGGCCACGGCUGCGGCGGCGACAACGCGAGCCACACCGCGGCCGGCGGGCUGGCGGGGGCGGUGCCCGCAAUUCGCAACCAGCUGCAGGCUGACGCGGGGUGGAGCCGCGACGGCGCCAGCGCCAGCGCCGCCCCUGUGCCCCAGCAGGCGCUGGUGCAUGCCUUCCAGGCUGUGGCGGCCAGCAUGCGCUACGACUCGGAUUUCCAGGACUGCGGCGCCGCCGCAGUGGCCUGCCUGGUGGAGGAGGACAGCAUCACGGCCGUGUGGGCGGGCGACUGCCGCGCGGUGGUUGGCCUGAGCGUAGACACCCCGGCCGGUCCCUCGGUGCUGGUCCAUGCCCUGACACAGGACCACAAGCCCAGCAGCGCGCUGGAGUGCGCCCGCAUCAAGGCCAGCGGGCAGGGACGCGUGGUGCGGGCUGGACGCACCGCGCGGCUGUGCGGCAAGUACGGCAGCAACACGCUGUCGCUCAGCCGCGCCUUUGGCGACGCAUGGGCGGUGCCGCUGGGCCUGACUGCCGAGCCGGACGCCGUGACUCUCACGCUGCCGCCUGCUGUGCCCACUACCACCGCCGCCUCCAGCGCUGGCUCCCCAAGCUGCCGCCUGGACAGCUUUGUUAGCGGCAGCUCUGUGAGCACUGAUGUUGAUGAUGCCCACCCGGCCGCCUUCCCCGCCCGCCACGUGCUGGUACUGGGCUGCGAUGGCUUGUGGGACAUGCUCAGCAACGAUGCCGCUGUGGCCAUCGCCAUGAGCUGCCAGACCGCCAAGGAGGCGGCAGGCGCGCUGAUGCACGCGGCCCGCCGGAACUGGGCAGCCACCUGCAGCGGCGUGUGGGUGGAUGACAUUACGGUUGCAGUGGCGAUGCUGCCGUAA